GGUUGUCUUAGAAACAAUGCAUGCAGCACAAUGGAAUCACUUUCUGUUUAUCACGGGGCCAUCAGCCGAGACAUGUGUGAGAGGCGCUUGUGUGAAGUGGGUAAAGACGGGAGCUAUUUAAUUCGUGACAGUGAGAGCGUGCCGGGAGCGUACUGCCUCUGCGUUCUAUGUAAAAGUUUUGUCUACACAUACAGACUUCAGCAGGACACAGCAGGCUCCUGGGCAGCAGAGACUGCACCUGGUCAGAAUAAACGUUCAUUCCGGAAAGUCAAGAAUUUGAUAAGUGCAUUUGAGAAACCGGACCAGGGCAUCGCUGUUCCCCUCCUCUACCCUGUAAUGGUCCAGAACUACGUCCAUGGGGACUCAUCACCUGUGGAAGAUAGAUAAAAAACAGUUACUGUGAAUUUAACAAAACAAAUGUAAUAUUGAAUAAAAGGUGAUAGAUGUAGCUGUUCAUGUUAUCUUUAAAUUCAUAAAAGAUUUUAAAUGAUAAUGCAGGUGUAACAAAAAUACUCUACAUAAAAAUUUAGAAUAAACCUUAUUAAUCAGAUCUUAGUCAAAAUUCAAAACCAUAAUUUCUGAUACUACAGAGAACUUUACAGCUGUGAUGGGGACUGAACUAUUAAUCUAAAUUCUAAAUCUAUGUGAUUAUUUUGGUUAUUACUAUUAAUAAAGCGCUAUAUUAUUUAAUUCCUGUUACAGUAAGACUGUAAUUCAUACAAUUUGAAUAAAAUUUGAGUAAAUGUUUGUAGUAUCAGUUUUAUUGUCUUAUAUGUUUUUAAUCAAAUUAUGAAUUUGUAUAUAUAUAUAUAUAUAUAUAUAUAUAUAUAUAUAUAUAUAUAUAUAUAAUAACACAUGAUGUUACUUUUUCCAAGACAUUUUGUUACAUGUGUUUUUUAGUUGAAUGUUAUGUCACAGUCUGGCCAUGACUGUGCCCUCUUCCCUCUUUCUGUGUGUCAUGUCUGUGUUUCAUUUGGAAGGCUGCAUGCUAGGUAGGACGCGUCCUUCGAAGGCCGUCUCGUUUAAACAAGUCUUGUUUAAAUGAGACAGCCUUCGUAGGACAAACGGAAACGGAAUGUAACAUGGUUGCUAUGACAGCACGCUACUCUUUAACAAGUGCCAGUGUUUUGAGUGAGAAUUUAACAAAUUCCCUUUGGAAGGGAAUGUAUGAGGUCAAAUUUAGGAGAGUUAUAAUGAUGUAAAUUGAAAAGAAAAUAGAUUUUACAGGUGUACUUUUAGUCUAAUACUUUAAUAUAAUUAUACAUAUUAUAUACUUUGCACCCAUCUACUGAGGUACUUAAACUUGGGAAUUAACAUUACUUGCAUUUGAACAUCAUAUUUAAUUUUUUUUAGACAUUUCUGUUGAAGCAUAUAAUUGUGGGUUGUGAGUGCCCACAAAGGAUACACCUCAUGCAUCCUCCGAAUUCCUGUGAAAGAAGGUCGCAUUUGAAGGAUGCAUUCAAAGUGUCCUACUGGCUUUUCUGAAACGAGACAGCCUCGAUGACGUAUGCGGCCAACAAAUGCGACCUCCGGAGGAUGCAGCCUUCCAAAUGAGACACAGACUGUGUGUGUCAUGUCUGUGUGUGCUGGUGUUUUCCCUCAUGUGUUUCAGGUGCCGCUGGUGGGCGAUUGCCAUUUCCAUGGGAACGGUGAUUGCUCAGCUCAUCAGUGGACAGACGGCACCUGUCCCUCAUUAUGUACCUCCUUAUUUAAAUCCCCCUCAUGUUUCUUUUCCUUUGCUGAAUUCUUUUGUUUGUUUAUAAGUGUAUCAGAUGGUCUGUAUUCGGUUGGUAAGGCUUUAAUAGCCCUCAGUCGGUUCCAGAGUACUAGUUAGAUACUAGUUCUGUUUUGGUUUUGGUUUUUCUCCAUUGUGAGUUUUUGUUUGUAUUUUUGCCUUUGUUAAAUAAAG